UAUACCCAGGUGAUAUACCUUGCGCCCACCCUUUUACAAUGAAUGGACUCUUCAACUUACGACGAGCCAACGCUUAAAGAAAAACUACUAUGUCUACUCGACCAAAUAAUGUUGUUGGCAGGGCAGCGAUACUGUGUGCAGACUUGUGGCGGCACUGAGCAAGAUAGUUACCCAAACCACACCUAGCCUCUGGAGGACGUGGCAUAGAUUCUGUGACACCAAGGGCGAACGUUAACGUGGAAACUAGCGAGUCUACCACCUCUACAAUGUCUCCCUGUCGCGAAGAGUGCUCGCCCCGACUGAGCUACCAUGACCGCUCGGUGUUUUCUCGCUCCCCGUGGUGCAGUGGUCAGGUGGCCUUCGUCCUGUACCGCACCCUCAUGGCCCUAGUGACAAUCACCAUCCUGAUGUUCCUCCUGUGUAACUACUACGUAACCGAAGGUUGGGUCCGCUGGCCGGUCUACCUGACCAACUGGUGCUUCUCCAUCCUCACGCUACACACCGUCGUGGCCAUGGCCGUGUCCGUCAUGGAGUACUGCAGAUCGGACUACACCGAGUUCUCGGAAACACCGCAGGGUGGAGAAAACGUCGCGACGAACAGCCUUACCUGGUACCACAAGGCACACUGGAUUUUACACAGCACUUCUAUAACCAUGGCUUUGCUCGUGACGACGCUAUAUUGGGCAUUUGACAAGAGGGAGUUGGUAGCCAGCAGCAUCAAUGAACACAUAACGAACUCGGUUCUAGCUGUGCUGGACCUGUUUGUAAGCGGAACUCCCGUUAGAAUCGUUCACAUGGUGUACCCUGUAGCCUUUGCAAUGGCGUAUGCCGCGUUCUAUGUUAUCUACUGGGCCGCAGGGGGAACGGGGAAGAGCGGGGAGGUUGUUUUAUACAAGCUUUGGGAUUUUGAAAGCGAUCCUAAGACAGCUAUAGCGUACAUGGUGUUGCUUGUGUUUGUGGCUAUACCAUUUUUCCAUCUCUUGACGUACGCGCUGCACAGUUUGAAGGUAGUGAUUCUCCAGAAGGCUCUCGGGAGGGACGCAGGCGCGGCGUCACCUUUACGUAGAGGACAGAGAGAUUACAAACUGUACGUGGAGACGCCACUGUAGGGGAAGAGUAGAUAUUCUGCCAGUUUUCCUAAUACCCCAAACCGGCUGCAGUCAUCACUAACUUCGCUAGAGUCGCGAGAAACAGACCGUCACAGGACUUCCACUUUGAAGAAGCUUUUAAUUGAGCUAUUUUAUGCCACUUUUUAUCAAUUCUAUUUACGUUACUAAGUUAUCACACACUUAAUGCAUAAUAGAAACAAAUUCAAAGCCUCUCCUUUCAUCUUAAAAUGUCCUGGUUGCUUGAUAACAUGCCAAAAUGUAUGUAGGAUGUGUUAUUACUACUGUUAUACAACUUAGUAAUGUACUUUGGACGAAAUACUUGAACAAUUUCACAUAACAAAUUAUGUUACUUUGGGAGCAUUUCAGAUGCUUUCUGUCUCUUUUUUUUUGUAACCCGGUAUAUCUCAUCUUGGAGUUCCCGUGUCACGUUACUGAUU